AUGCCCUGCUACAAGGGCAUCGCGGUGAGCAUCCAUGCAAAUGGUGCCCCGGUGCCCGAAUACGGCAUCCAAAAACAGUCUCGGCUGUCACGUAUCAACACUUACAUCCCGGUCCCGCAGCCCCAGGUCAACCCAGAGAAUAACAAGCCUGAGCCGGCCAAGUUCGCCAUUUCCAUUACCCUCCUGACCCCCGGCCUCGCGAUACCCUACUCUGCCCCCAAAGCCACCGAAAGUAACCCGUACCCGAAGCCGCAAUAUGUCGGCGCUCUCCCCUCGAGCACUGGGGAGCGGGGCAAGUUCCACGGCAUCGUGGCUCCGUACAUUCCUAUGACUCAGAGCGAGAAUGAGACAAUUGCCGCCUAUAUAUACUUUGAUGGUCGUGCCAAGGAGGAGGUCGCUACGCUUCUUCGCCCCGGUGAGGAAACGUGGGUGAACAGCAGAUGGGUCCAAGUUCCUGAGUCGGAAGGCGGCGGGCUGGCUGAACGGGAGUUUUUGUUCCGCGAGGUUGGCCUUGAGCGCUGGCUGAAUGGUCUUGAUCUUCAGGGACAUGAUGCUGCCGAGAAGCUGGAGCGCAGAAGGCAGAAGUUUGAGAAGCGCAGAAGACGCCAAAAGAAGCUCGAGGAGGAGGCGGGUUCUUCCCACCAUGGGUCUCGUGGUGCUGCCCUUAGGUAUGGCGCUGAUGACAAGGCCCCGCUGGAGGCUGUCGACGACUCUCUUUCGUCUAGUGAUUCGGAUGAUGAGCCGCCCGAGGCUACUGGCCAGAUCAAGGUGGCCAUGUUUAGGGUGAUUGCGUCGGGCGAGAUCAAGAAGGGGGAGUAUUCUCCUCAGUUUGAUGCUCACGACGACUCGGAAGAGGAGGGCAAGGGGAACAACAAUGGGGUCGAUGCCGAUGUUGAGCACACGACUAGUUUCGCGAAGCCCAAGACACUUGAUCCGAAGACUAUUAGUACUCAGACCGUGACCGGUAUCGACGGGCCGGAUAAGCCUUUUGCGGUCUUCACUUUCUUUUACAGAGGCGAACGUCAACUACAAAAGAUGGGAGUCCUCGCCCCUCCAAAGCCCCAAGUCACUUCGCCCAACCUCAAGAGACGCUCUGGCCAGCUCGAUUUCUCUGGCCUUGGGCCCUUGAAGACAAGCGGCACUGUGGGCUUUUCCGCGUUCCGGGACAGGGACUCUCAACCAGCAAGACGGAAGAAGUCGAGGACGAAGAGCAACGGGGGUAUGAGCAUAGAUGCCGACAGCGAUGACGAUGACGACGACGAGGACUUGAGCGAGCAGAUCCUGGGCAAGAUGGAGGAUGUUGACACCAAGUAUGACAAGUCAAAGUUGGGCCCGGAGGACGCCAAGUUUACGGGCGAGCUGGCGGAUGGUGUAAACAGGAUCAGGAGAGCCCACUCGGCCGAACCAGACGCCGCCCCAAGCCCCAGCAAAUCACCCAACACGGGAGCCGCAACCCCUCCGGACGGAACUGGCGUUGGUUCUGCUGCCGCUGGUAGCAUGCCUACGGGGUUGGCGGCCAUGUUUGGGAAGAGUCUGCCGGAUGACACGAAUAUUAUUGGGAGCCCGAUGAAGAAGGCGAGGCCUAGUCUGGGGGAUAUUGGGGAGUUAAAAGGGGGGCUGGGGGGGAGUGGAAGCCCAGGGACGACAAGCGGAGCAGGGUUCACAUCUGCGCUCGGUGAUAUACUCGCCAAGGCUGAGGCUGCUCAGGCAAGCAAGGGUCAAACGGGGGUUGCGGCGGGGCAGGUAGCGCAGCCGCCGCCUAUGUUGAUGGAGGAGGAGGAGGAGCUUUGA